CUGUGAAGCUUCGAGCCACACGCCUACUCCCCCAACAACCGCGCGAGGAGCUUGCAUAUAAGCCUCUCCCUUUCCCAAAUCCUCUCACCAGCAGCAGCAGCUUCACGCCUCUCCUACUGCACAUUGCACCUCGAGUCCAGAGGCUGAGAGAGCUCACGGGGAGAAGCAAACCAAAAGCCCAAAGGACUUUUCUACCAUGGCGUGGCAACUCCUCGCCGGCGUGCUGCUGCUGCAGCUCGCGGCGAGCGCGGCGGGGCAGCAGCAGUGCCUGUCCGCGACGUUCCAGAACGGGCAGACGUUCCUGAAGUGCAACCCGCUGCCGGUGCUCGGCGCCAGCCUGCACUGGACGCACCACGCCGAGAACGGCACGGCGGACGUCGCGUUCCGCGCCCCGCAGCAGAGCAGCGGCUGGGUCGCCUGGGGGAUCAACACCCGCGGCACCACCAUGCCCGGCAGCAGCGUGUUCAUCGCCUCGCAGGACGGCAGCGGCUCCGUGUCCGUCCUCAUGACCGUGCUGGAGAACACCAGCCCGAGCCUGACCAACGGCAGCCUCAGCUUCGACGUGCUGUCCCCGCCCACCGCCGACUACACCAACGGCGUGUACACCAUCUUCGCCACCAUCGCGCUGCCCAACAACUCCACGACGCAGAACACCGUGUGGCAGGCCGGGCCAGGGAGCACCGGGAACGUCGGCCAGCACGCGACGUCCGGCCCCAACGUGCAGAGCAUGCUGAGGCUCGACUUCAGCUCCGGCCAGAGCACCGGUACCGCCUCCAACUCCAGGCUGCACCGCCGUAACAUCCAUGGCAUCCUGAACGCGGUGAGCUGGGGCAUCCUGAUCCCGAUGGGCGCCAUGAUCGCGCGCUACCUCCGCGUGUUCGAGGCCGCCGACCCGGCAUGGUUCUACCUCCACAUCACCUGCCAGCUCUCCGGCUACAUCCUCGGCGUCGCCGGCUGGGCCCUCGGCCUCAAGCUCGGCAGCGAGUCCAAGGGCAUCACCUACAGCGCCCACCGCAACAUCGGCAUCGCCAUCUUCUGCCUCGCCACGCUCCAGGUGUUCGCGCUGCUGCUGAGGCCCGACAAGAAGAACAAGUACAGGUUCUACUGGAACAUCUACCACCACUCCGUCGGCUACUCCGCCAUCGUCCUCGCCGCCGUCAACAUCUUCAAGGGCCUCGACAUCCUCAAGCCGGCCAGCGGCUGGAAGAGGAGCUACAUUGCCAUCCUCGCCACGCUCGCCGGCGUCGCGCUCCUGCUCGAGGCCAUCACCUGGGUCAUCGUCCUCCGGCGGAAGAAGAGCGACAAGUCGUCGUCGCCGUACGGCGCCACCAACGGCAACGGGCGCGCGUAGUUUGAUCAGCAUCUGAUCGACGUGUGCCUUGCGCUACGGCCUACGGGUGUGUAGUUUUGCUGCGAUGUGUGUGUGUAUUUGUCUUCUGCUAGCUGUGUAUCUUCCAUUUUUUGUUACUGCUUCUGUAGACUACGUAGAGGUUCAGAGAUUAUUUCUUUUCCUUUUUUUUUUUACAUUUUCAGGUCUCACGAUGACACAUUUGUAUACAUUUUUUUUCACCUUGAUGUAUGAUUACCUUUAUUUAUGCAUACGUUUGAUUACGAUUAGAUGGCA